UGAUUACUAAUUAAAGCAAUAGUGAUGUCUACACUUAAUCAGCUGAGUUUGGUUACUUUAGAAACUAAACUAAUAGACUUUAGAAACUAAUUCAGUGUUUUAUGAACCUGCCAUGUUGCUGAGCUCAUAUACUUUUCUGUCUGCUGGAAUUCAGCUCUGGUGUGGACGAGAGAGAUAGUGGUAAAAUCUAGGUUUUCCGCCUCAGGCUGGUUCUUCCAUCUCACUCUGUUACAUCUGCGACUUAAGAAAUGCCACUGCCUUACAAUCAAAGAGAAACCCAGGAAGCGGAAUGCUCCGGAAUAUGGGCUGUGGCUCACAGAUACCCAGGAGUCCUUUGUGUUUUCAGAAAUAAGGAAAUGAGAAGUAGAUGUCUUUUACUUUCAUGGCGUUUGAAGCUUCUUAACUAGAAAAGAUGCUGGGAAAAAAAAAAAACAUUUUUGCUACAUGAUGUGAAUUUAGAAAGAGUUUUUGAUAUGGAAAUAAACAGCACGUUUAGUUUAUUCACACAUGCACUUCCCUACUAAAACUGGUUUUAAAAUCCAUGAUCGAUUGUGUCUGUGACUGUCGAUUCAUUUAUAGUUGUCAUAAUUGAGAUAUUAAACAGUAUGACAAUAUUUUUUAUGGAUCCAUUUAGAUUCCACAUGUGCAUGAUCAUUUCUUCGGUCAGGGUAUGAAUAGAGAUGAAUCAUGUAUCUGUUAGAUUAGAUGAAAUGCAAACCCUCUUUCCUCAGGCUAUUUUUAGACUUCAGCUAUUGUGCUUUUAUAUGACCCAUUCUGUCUGUGAAGUGUUUUAACGCAUUCACUCCCAGAGGCGUUCAGCAUAUGGGCCAGGAUUCCUUGUCCUUCGGGAACAUCUUCAACCCUCCAGAUGGACUUUCCCAGAUCUCUCCGCAUGCACAGAUGAGACCAGACACACUGUGAACGACAUCUGCAUGCACUUGGAGAGGAAUAUUGUUCUUGCUCUUCUCACACUCUUUUGUGAAUGAGAUUAUCUAAAGAGUCAGAUUCAGAAGCAGGACUUUGUAUUGAUUCUCUGACUGGACUGUUUGUAACACAAUCGAUUUACCUUAAUCUCGAGGGAGCGCUCGUGUCUGUCCUGAUCCAGUGACUGGAGGAUUUCAGCACCACGCCUCUCUGGACAGCUCCUAUAACAGCACCUGCGCGGAUGACAGUCGCUCUCUCAGCCUCUGACACUCAUGGAACACUAGUCCAAAGACUCUUCAAACAAGCUUCCCAUUUCUUCUGUGAGCCAUGACUGAGAGAAGACUCCUUCCACCGGAUGAUGACCAGGGUUCCCUGUUGUCCAGACUGGGCACCGACAGCCCCAAACCCCGGGUGAAGUUCGGAGGGAUGUUCUGUAACAUCGAAGGAGCUUAUGAGAAUAAAACCCUGAAUUUUGAGUCGUACAGCCCCAGUUCUGCCAGGAGAAACCCCCGGGGACGAGUGGACGAUCAGAGGGACAACUUCAGCGACACGUCGAGCGUGAGUGAUUUCACCAGCGUGAGUCAAACACCUCCGAACCGAACACAGCCCACCCCGUCCUGCAGUUCACAGGGUCAGACACUUGUUUACCCCACCGGACCCAGUCGCGUGCAUAACGGGCGACGAGAGAGUGACAAACUCAUCAUUAAAGGUGGAAAAAUCGUAAAUGAUGACCAGUCAUUUUAUGCUGAUGUUUACAUUGAAGAUGGAACCAUUAAGCAGAUUGGCGAGAACCUCAUCGUACCUUCUGGUGUGAAGACAGUGGAUGCCUAUGGGCACAUUGUGAUCCCAGGAGGCAUCGAUGUUAACACCUGUCUCCAGGCCCCUCACCUGGGCAUGACCCCUGCAGACGACUUCUAUCAUGGCACCAGUGCUGCUCUGGCAGGAGGAACCACCAUGAUCAUUGACCAUGUUGUGCCUGAACCGGGUUCUAGUUUACUGGCAGCGUAUGACCAGUGGAGGGAUACGGCAGACAAGAGGUCGUGCUGCGAUUACUCUCUGCACAUCGACAUCACUCGCUGGCAUGAUGGUCUGUUUGAGGAGCUGGAGUCUCUGGUCAAAGAUAAAGGGGUCAACUCAUUCCUCAUCUUCAUGGCUUAUAAGGACAAGUUCCAGAGCUCUGAUACGCAGAUCUAUGAGAUGUUUAGUGCCAUGAGAGAACUGGGGGCCAUUGCACAGGUUCAUGCUGAAAACGGUGACAUCAUUGAUGAGGAACAGAAGAAGCUUUUGGAUCUGGGAAUCACUGGCCCAGAAGGUCACGUACUGAGCCACCCAGAGGAGGUUGAGACUGAGGCUGUGUAUCGAGCCAUCACCAUUGCCAAACAGGCCAACUGCCCUCUCUACAUCACCAAAGUGAUGAGCAAACCUGCUGCUGAUGUCAUCGCCAAGGCCAGGAAAAAGGGCAUGGUCAUCUAUGGGGAACCAAUAGCAGCCAGCCUUGGCACAGACGGAUCGCACUACUGGAGCAAAAACUGGGCCAAAGCUGCUGCAUUUGUCAUGUCUCCUCCUCUCAGCCCGGACACGAGCACUCCGGAUUACCUCAACUCACUGCUGUCCUGUGGGGAUCUUCAGGUCACAGGCAGUGCUCACUGCACCUUCACUACGGCACAGAAAGCUGUUGGAAAAGACGACUUCACCCUCAUCCCAGAGGGGACCAACGGCAUCGAGGAGCGUAUGAGCAUCGUCUGGGACAAAGCUGUGGCCACAGGUAAAAUGGACGAGAAUGAUUUUGUUGCAGUAACAAGCACAAACGCUGCAAAAAUCUUCAACCUGUAUCCUCGGAAAGGCCGGAUCGCUGUUGGAUCUGACGCCGACAUUGUAAUCUGGAACACCAAGGAGACGAAAACUUUCUCUGCCAAAUCUCACAACCUGACAGUGGAGGUGAAUAUCUUUGAGGGAAUGGAGUGCCGAGGCUUUCCCGUAGUGGUCAUCAGUCAGGGCAGGAUCGUUCUCGAGGACGGGAAACUCAGUGUGACAGAAGGUUCAGGCCGUUUCAUUGCUAGAAAAGCCUAUCCCGACUAUGUCUACAAGAGAAUCAAGGCCAGAGGCAGGAUGGCUGAUGCCCGUGGUGUUCCGAGAGGAAACUAUGAUGGUCCUGUCCAUGAUGUCAUCAGUAUGACUAAAUCUGUACCACCCACUCCCACCACUAGGGGGCCCUCAUGUCCAGGAAAGACCCCACUGGGACCGGCCAGAAAUUUGCACCAAUCUGGAUUCACUUUAUCUGGCACUCAAAUGGAUGACCACAUCCCCCGGCGUACGGCACAGAGGAUCGUAGCGCCUCCUGGAGGCCGUUCCAAUAUCACAUCCCUCUCAUGAACCUCAUCCACCAGGGGAUCCAACAGCAACAGUUCCGCCUCCUUUGGCUUCCAGUUUUAUAUUACCUGUAUCAUGCAAAUACUUAAUCCAAUAAUCCAUACACUCGCCAUGACCCAAUAGGCUAUGCAGCAACUCAAUAUAGCUUACCAUGAAUUCAUAUUCACUAUGUAAUCUGCCUCCUCCUCUGGUCAGACUCACUCAUAAUGUAGCAUGCUCCUCGAUCAGAGUCACCCAGAAUCCAUUCUGCUUUAGCGUAGCAUUGAUGGCGUAAACACGGCUAGUGAUUGUUGUGUGUUUGUGAACCACUGAAUGGAUCUCAUUCUAGUGCUGCCUUUGAACCAGUGCUUUCCUCCUGCGACGAGACGUUUAAAGGGCAAGUGUUUUCUGCACCAGUACUUGCAAAAAUGACAUACUUCACCUUUAAGAGGCUGUGCUCUGUCAUUGUGCUUUAAAAAAAAAAUCAAGGACUACCUACUGAUGGUCUUAAUGCUAAGAUAUUAAAAAAAGAAACCGUUAUCGUUAGGUUUGUCGGUGUCGUAUCUGAGAAUAGAGCAAAAAAUGGAUUGUAGACUUCUGCUUGCCUUUACGAUUUACAGUUAGUUUUGAAAAGUAAGGUGUCAUCGAGCUGAGACUCAUCACACGGAUACAGCAAUCAAUGCAUUUUUUGUAUGUUUCUAAGACAACAUUUGGUGCUCUCAAUCUAUAGAUCAAACACAUGCCAAUGUGUUACUGUGAGGAACAGUCACUUUUUGAACCCAGAUGAAAGUUUUUAAUUCUUUUGAGUUUUAUAUUCCUCUAAUACAACAGUCUUUUGUAGUCGUAACCAGUAUUUACUGGGAUUCUCCAUGUUAGAUGUACUGUAAUAUUGGUGAGAUAUUUCAGAGCUGAAGGUGAAGGUCAGUGAAGCUGAGAGAAAGUGAUCAGUGGAUUGUCUUUUCUACCUUCUUGUGUUCAUUCUGUAAAUAUAUAUAUUUUUUGUUUUUCAUUUUUGUGCAUGGUUUGCAUGUCCUCAAUAAAACAAUGGCUAUAGAAAA